GCACCCCUCUCCAGUUGGUCUCGUCCGUGUCUCCCAGAGGCUGCGGGCGCACGUGGCUGCUGUUGUGCUGGGAGUCGCACGCGCUGCACUGCGCCUCGCCGGUACUUUAGCUAAUAUUACCGGGACCAAUGUGAGGUGUCAUCCCGCCCUGUGCGUCGCCUACCCUUCCAGCUCCUGCGGCCCAAGCGGGAAAGUGAACGCGACACCUCCGAGUUUCAGAGAUCCUCCUGGAAACGCGUUUAUCGCCGAGCCACCGGCCAGCGUGACCUUACGCUGCUCCCGUCGGGAGUUCACCGGAGUGAAGGUUUGGAGGUUUGCGGAGCGAAGCCAUGAGCUCUAAGGUGUGUAAGCACUGCGGCAGCUCGGACAUCGACGUGGACCAGGCGCGGGGCGAUGCCGUCUGCAUGGGCUGCGGCUCCGUGCUGGAGGACAACAUCAUCGUGUCCGAGGUGGAGUUCGUGGAGUCGGGAGGCGGGGGCUCCCUGGCUGUCGGACAGUUCGUGUCUUCGGAAGGUGGUCACAAAAAUCCAUCUUUUGGGGACGGACACUUCACCGGCCUGGGGUCCGAGUCUCGAGCUCAGACGCUGCAGAGAGCUAAACAACACAUCAACACCCUGGGCCACCAGCUUCAAAUGAGCCAGCACUGCUUGGACACGGCCUUCAACUUCUACAAGAUGGCCCUCAAUAAAAGCCUGACACGAGGCCGCAAGUCCUCCCAUGUCAUGGCCGCCUGUCUCUACCUAGUGUGCCGCACAGAGGGAACGCCACACAUGCUGCUGGAUCUCAGUGACAUCCUGCAGGUGAAUGUCUUUGUGCUGGGAAGAACCUUCCUGCUGCUGACCAAAGAGCUUUGCAUCAAUGCUCCAGCAAUAGACCCAUGCCUGUAUAUACCCCGUUUCACUCAAAUGCUGGAAUUUGGCGAGGAGAGCCACAAGGUCUCCAUGACGGCGCUGCGACUGGUUCAGAGGAUGAAGAGAGACUGGAUGCACACGGGAAGAAGGCCAUCUGGACUCUGUGGAGCAGCUCUUCUUGUUGCUGCUCAUUUACACGACUUUCGUCGCACCAUCAAAGAAAUAGUUAACGUUGUGAAAGUCUGUGAAACCACACUAAGGAAAAGACUGGUAGAGUUCGAGGACACACCCGCAAGUCAACUGACCGUUGAAGAGUUUAUGAAGGUAGACUUAGACCAAGAGUGUGACCCACCAUGCUUUAUCGCUGGACUAAAGAAGAAAAAAGCCCAAGAGCUGGAACUGGCACUAAAGAAAAAAAUGGAUGACCUUGAAGGUGAAAUCCAGGUGUACCGGGAUGAAAUAGAUGCAGAGCUGGAGCAAUGCAGACCCAAGCUGAGAGGAGUUUAUGCUGCUUAUACUAAGGAAGAGUGUCUAAAUGAAGACUUAAACUCCACGUCAUCUAAGUUGGAGGAAUCGGAUGAGAGUGACGAGCUUCAGGCCGUGGCUAAGCACUUUGGUAGAGAUCUCAAUGAGCUCACACUGGAGGCUCUCAUAAAACUUGAGAAGGAAGGGUCAGAGGAGGAUGAGGACCAGCAGGAGAAUAUCCCAAAGCGAAAAGGCCCCUCACUGGCUUCCAUACUGGGAAGAAUGUCCUCAACAGCCACUCUGGGCCUCUCAGAGUCCAUUGACCAGUGUGUUGGAGACAACACGGAGAAUGAUGGCACUGCUGACAGCGGGGAGCUGGACCUGUGUGGCAUAGAUGACAGUGAGAUCAAUUUGUAUCUGCUGAAUGACGAAGAAGUCCAAAUAAAGACUGCACUCUGGAUGGCAGAAAACUCAGACUACCUAAAAGAGCAAAAAGAAAAGGAAGCAAAGAUAAAAAAAGAAAAGGAGCUUGGGAUCUAUAAAGCAAAAAAGCCAAGAGGUCCCUCGAAAAAGCGCACUGCCAUUAGAGCCAACACUGCUGAUGAGGCCAUUGAGAAGAUGUUGGAACAGAAGAAGAUAUCCAACAAGAUCAACUAUGACGUGUUAAAGGACCUGGACAUAAAGCCUGGCACCAGUCCUACUAGUGUGGCAGAGUCACCGAAGCAGAAGCAGAAAACCUCUAACGCAGCUGGCAGCAGCCGCAGACCUGCUCCCAGUCGAGCUCCGCUGAGCCUCAGUAUGCCACUCAGCAGUCUGGGAAAACGGUUACAGCCAUUCAUCUCCAGACAACCCACCAAGAAGCUGGCUGUGGAGCAGGCUAAAGUCUCGAGCCCCCCAUCAGUGACUCCAGCAGCGCCUCCUAGCGGAGUUGUUGUCGAGAGCGGGCCCGUCUCCUAUGAUGAUGUAGAUGAUGAAGAGGAGGAAGAAGAGGAGACCUGUGUCAGUGCCAUGGAGCUGCUGGGUGGUGAAGGUUAUGGCUGUGAUGGUGAAUAUGACGAUGGAUACUAGCAGCAUCUUCCACUUGGCUCAUCAUUCUCAGCUGGCACUAGAAUCCAACCUUUACUAACGAGGAACCAGAAAAUAUGCGUCCAGAGAUGAGGCUCGGGAACAUAGGCUUUUAGAACAUUGUACUCCUUUGUUCACAUUGGACUGAAGUGGGAAGAAUCAGGUUCUGACAGUGUUGUAAUGAUGCUGCUCUUUAUGCGCUCCGCCAGAUUGGAUUGCAGGUUGGAUUUUUACCCUCUAAAAACUUUUUGGAAGAUCUUAUUCCAGUGAAAACAUUGUGAGCAAACACCCAAACACUAAUGGACGUUAUCGGGCUCUUGGGUUUCAUUGAUCUUAAAAGCAGUUUAAUUUUUUCUGCUGAUGCCCUCAUGUUUUACAGCUACAGUUCUUCUCACUCAUAAAGUCUUAGUGUGACAUUAAAAUCCACAUCUGCAUUGUCUUGAAUUUUGUAAUGAGUUGUUCUUAUUAGUUUUGGAAGGAUGUUAAAACUUACUCUUAAGUAUUAUAAAUAGUUCUUCAACAUCAUCAAGACCCUGUUAAUGAUUAGCCGGCCAAUUAUUAAUUGGCCUAAUUUAAUUAAUUAGCUUUGGCCUUCCAUUAUUUGUUUUACUGAAACUGCAGCAAGACAUCUUUAUGUGGAAGUGCAAUCUGAUUUAGGUUCUGUGUUGUUAAGGAAAUCCUUCCAAAGGAGCAGAAAGUGUUGACAUUAAAAGACAAAUAAUUUGUUUGGAAUACAUUAUCCAAAUGCAUCAUGGAGUUAGUCAGGACUGAGAUCCUUUUUGAAUGAUUGUUUUGUUAGUGAGUGAUUGUUUUGUUCUGUUUUGCUGUUUUCUCACAGCAGCAUUCAUAAAGUGAUGAUGGAGAUUAUGUAUUUAUAUACAUUAAAAAAGUUCCACAACAUGAGGGGGAAAAACAUUUUGUUUUUUGUUUGUAAUUUCUUCUUAAAGAGCCAUGGUGAACACAGUAACAUUUCGAUUAAGGAGAACAUUCCUGAAAGUUUAUGUAUUUAUAAACAUUUGAUUAAAAAGUGAAACGCAUUGUUUAGAGUUUUUUAAUGUGUUAAUACUAAAGUUUAUGGCUUAAUGCUAAAGAAAACCCUAAUCAUUUUGCCUCAGGAAAUUAGAGUUGUACAUUAGACUAACAAAGGAUAGAAUAGUUUUUAUAGCCAUGUUCAAUUCAGUUACUUUUCCUUUUCCCUUGAUUACUGCAGCAGUCUGUGGCUCUGCUCAGGUGUUAUGAGAGGCCAGGUUGCUCUGAUAGUGGCCUUCAGCUCUUCUGCAUUGUUAGGUCUGACGUAUCGCAUCUUCUUCUUCACAAUACCUCAUAGAUUUUCUAUGGGGUUAAGGUCAGGCCAGUUUGGUGGGCAGUUAACAGCACUUUAUUGAUCCUUGCAAGGAGGGAACAGAAUAAAGCUCUCCCCAAAUCUUCUCUGCUCCAUUCUGUUCUAUCUAGACAAAGCGCUACCAGCGUUGUCUGUGAUAUGUCACACCACAGUUUCUCUCAGGUCUGAGAAAAUUCGCUCUGGCUUUAAUUGGCACUGUUGUAACUUAAAAAAAGAAUUUUGACUCCAGAACUAGACCUCCAGCCUAGAGGAGAGUUGUCCUUAUCUGUAUUGGGCAUCUUCUCCUUAGGUCUCAGCAUGACUUAAACUCUGCAGCUGCAACAGGCGGAGUGAAUAUUUAAAUGCUCUCUUACCCAGUUCUGUUCUGAUGCUAGCCUGGAAACAAACCAAACAAAAUCUGAUAAAGGCUGAGUGGCAGUCCAUACCAGGUGUGAGGCCUUGUCAUAAAAGAAGUCGUGUAAGGGGAAAUAUAGAAAUUUAUGCUCAAAAAGGAUCAUCCGUGUCUGUGUGCACAGAAACGGAUGGAAAACCAGCAGCCCCUUACAGAUGACAAUGGUGAAUGCAAUAGUCACAGAAUAAUAAAAUGUAGAUUACAAUUAUAAACCAAGUCCAGUUUCUUUAGAUUUUGCUCACGAGUUUAUAAACAAGUCACUAUAGUCCAGAAGCAGAAGGAAUGUUACUGAGAUUGAGUGAUCUCUUCUCAGACUUGCUGAGAGGAACGGGCCUUAUCUCUGUAGAAUAAACCCAGCUCAGUUUUUGGUUUAGAUUGUUAUUGUGCUCAUGUAGGGAAGAUUUAUCAUAUAUGAUAACACCAAGGUACUUGUAAGAAUAAACCAUCUCAAUUUCUGUCCUGUUUGCAGUUUUUAUUGUAGGAAUAACAGAUGUAGUGAUUUACCUCCUGAAAAGAUGUGCUUAUUUUAUUCAUUUAAAACUAGUUUAACAUUAGAUGCAAAUGAACCUGAUUAAAAGUAGAUUAAAUAAAUUAAAAAGUUUGCACAAAGAAAUUCGAAGACUAGUAAAUGAUGGCAUCAUCUGCAUAAAAAUGACACAUGGCUUCUGGUUCUGACAGACAUAAAUAAUGAACAAAUGUGGUCCAAGAAUUGAAUCUGGGAAGCACCCUUAGUUCUAGGGAGAAAGGGGAGCAUGAUCCUGCAAUUUAUAUGCACACCUUUUAGACUGAUGAUACUUUUGUUUGUGGGAUUAUAAUGGAGCUCUGCUAGAAAAGAUGAGUUGACUGAGGUUAAUGAGGAGGGUUUGUUUAGUAGGUCAGGAAAACUGCACUAUCCUGAUAAAUCCUGAUUAGGU